CACAGAGUAAACUGCUGCUCAGACACUUUCAGUUCUUAUCUCCCUGAUUCAAGGGCCAGCAUUCUCGUCUUAUCACCUCCCAGCCGCCUUCUUAGAAACUAAUGGUCACCAUGUUGAAAACAUUAAUCCUGUGCCUGGCCAUACCGCUUGCUGCUUCCUGGACCUUGGACUGCACUGGAUUGGAGAACGGCAUCUACCUGUACACCUGCUUCUCCUACACCGAAUGCGUCAACGGCAGUAAGGGAGUCAUCAAGUGUGCCUCCAAUGAAGUGUUCAGUUCAAAGGAUGGUUUAUGCAUCAAACCCAUAGAUAAUUCGUGGCCCUGUCAGGAUGUGGUAGACUGUAAGACGCUCCCGGACAAGCGCUACGCCGACGCAAAGGGAGGGUGCCACACCUACUACACAUGUCAAAACGGCUACUUCUACGGACACAACUACUGUCCAGACGGAACGGUGUUUGACGAGGAGCAUCAGUUCUGCAACUGGCCGUCAAAUGUAAAGAAACCUUGUGGAACUGCAGAUUAGAGAGUAUACUGAAGACGUUCCUUAAUACAUGGUAUUUCGAGCUUUUUUUACACAAUAAAAGUGCUCCAAUACUCCUGUU